AUGAGGCCCGGAGUUCUUGUUUCUAUCUUCUUCGCCGUGUGUGUUUCUAGCAACGACGUGAAAACAGAAGAUUACGCUAAAAUAAAAUUAUCCGAGAUUGAAAGUAACUUUAAACUGGAUGCUACAAACCCGCCAUACGCCAUCUCAGAUAAGACCACCAAACGAUGCGUCGCACCUUGCUGGGACGGUGAGUUCUACAAGCGCAAGCAGUUGGAAAGAGUGCACAAAGUAUCUGCCUACCAAACAAAAGAAGAAGAACUUACGUCGUACAAUUCAAACCCUGAAAACUCCAGCACUCUGACUUUAACGAAAUCGACGGCAAUCACCGAAGCCCGGACCCAAGGCUGGACCGUUGGCGGAAUUAUGGACUCUGGUUUACUUAAAAUCACGGCCCAAUAUACCGACACAAUUACAGUCGGAAAGAUAGAGACAAAAACUGUCGGUACUGAAUAUCCUUGUCCACCUCUCCAUGAAUGCGUUAUUGAGACCUGGACCUUUCAUGUCCGAAUUACUGGAGUCUGCUCGGAGCCGAAGCCGAUGCUCGACUGCGGUGGCACCCACGAUCUCUGUGCAACAAAAGAGCCCCAUAAGCGACCUUGCCGGUCUUUUUCGAAAAACACGGUAUCAGGUUCCAAAGUUGAGGACGAAUGCAAAGACUACAUGGAAGACAGGAAGGCUCCGUGUGAAAUCACGACUCCAGUGGAAGAGUCUCAGAAGCCGUAUACUGUGAUCGUUUUCAGGUCUGCUAAGAAAAGUUCUAAGAGGUCAGAGCUUGACCAGCCGCAGCCCGAUUAUCAGAUUAUAUCGGCUAAUUAG